AUGAAGCUAUCGUCCGCCCUGCUGGCCGCCUACUUAGGCUUUACGUUCGCUCAUGAUGACCGCUCGGGCCGACACCUCCCCAAAAUCCUGGGAGGAAGGAAGUUGUUCUCUGGGUUAGAGUCCAGAGCGAAGCCAGCAACCUUUGGACCUUCUGUCGCCAGAAGGCAGUUUGCUCCAGGCAACCCACGAGGUAGCUUACAGGGACGCCAAGAUGAGGAUGUAGACGGCGAAUGCGGACCGGGAAUCGGAAUUUGCCCCUCCGGUUACUGUUGCUCUGCUGAAGGUUGGUGUGGCAAAGGAAAGGACUAUUGCUCCGCGCCCGACUGCCAGAUGAACUAUGCCUCUGCUUGUGAUGCAAACCAAAAGCCAAGCGGUGCUGAUACUGCAGGGAUUGCUCGGCCCAAACUUGGGAGCGUUCUCUAUGGAGGAGCUGGCAUUUACGACUGCAUCAACCCGGGUGAAAUCGCGUUGACUUUUGACGAUGGGCCUUACCUAUACACAAACGACCUCCUUGACAAGCUAAAGAGUUACGGAGCAAAGGCAACCUUCUUUAUCACAGGGAACAAUCUGGGCAAGGGGCAUAUCAAUGACCCCUCGACCCCUUAUCCUGCUAUCAUCAAGAGAAUGCAUGCCGAGGGACAUCAGAUUGCUAGCCAUACCUGGUCUCAUCAGAACGCCAGCCAGCUGACCAAUUCGCAAUUCACGAACCAGAUGGUCUGGAACGAGAUCGCACUCAACUCUAUUCUUGGCUUUUUCCCAACGUAUAUGAGACCCCCUUAUUCCAUCUGCGAGAGGAAUUGCCAGAACAUACUCUCGACCCUCGGCUACCACGUAAUAUAUUUCGACCUUGACACCGAGGGCUAUUUGCACGACAGCCCGACACAAAUCCAAACCAGCAAGGACAUCUGGGACGAUACCAUUGCCGACACCGACCCAUCAAGAGACAGCUUCCUCCAAAUCGAACACGACAUCCACUCUCAGGUGGUCUACAACCUCACCGACUACAUACUCACCUCCCUCUUCUAUUCGGGGUACAAGUCGGUGACGGUGGGUGAGUGUCUGGGCGAUCCCCGAGAAAACUGGUACCGCGCAGGACCAGCAGGAAGCGGCUCUACCAGUACUCGCACCAGCAUUGCCCCUGGUACAUCGCAACCAGGGGUUAGCACGAGGACUACCAUUCCCGUCGGUCCCACGGGCGUCAACGGUCCCAGCACUGACGGCACCUGUGGAAACGGCGCGACCUGUGCCGGCACCAGAUGGGGAAAUUGCUGCUCCAUCUUUGGCUACUGCGGCAGAGGUGCAGAGUUUUGCUCGCUCGAAAAUGGGUGCCAGCCUGAAUGGGGAAGCUGCAUGGACUCGCCCGUGUCAAGUUCCCCAAUACCUACCAGGUCGACAGUGAUAUCCACGAGGUCAACAAUACCUACCAGAUCAACCGUGAUCAUACCCACCAGAUCAACGGUCAUAAUACCCCCCAGCUCAACGGCCGCAACACCCACCAGAUCAACGGUGAUAAUACCUACCAGAACAACAGUGGUCCAGCCAACCUCGACCGGUCUCGCCGUAAGCCGCGAUGGACGCUGUGGCGCUGCGGUGAGGCAGACGUGCAAGGGCAGAAGGUGCACCUCUAGCGUCCUUGAGUGCCUGGCUAUUUUGGGUUGCCAAAGGAACUAUGGAGAGUGCACACUGGGUGUCUAA